ACCAGGUCAUCAGGCUGGAUCAGGCCGGAUCGGGUCAUCAGGCCGGAUCGGGUCAUCAGGCUGGGUAGCAUCAUCAGGCUGGGUAGGAACAUCAGGCUGGGUAGGAACAUCAGGCCGGGUAGCAUACACUGGGUCAUCGGGCAUCAGGGUAUCAGGCUGAAUUGCGGGCGCCGGGGCACCAGGCUGAACCACGGAAGGCGGGGUCUCUCAGAUGGCAGGCUGACCGGUUUGGAUACUGGCAGGAUGGUACUGGUUGGAAAGAAUUUUCGCCUUUUCCUGGUUUUAGUUACUGGAGCACUGUAAGUAAGCGCAGGUUUGUAAAC